AUGAAAAGGAUUAAUGAGAGUUUGGGAGGUGAUUUCAUACUGGUGGGCUUCUCUGACCAGCCACAGCUUGAGAAGAUCCUCUUUGUGAUUGUGCUAAUUUCCUACCUCCUGACAUUGGUGGGCAACACAGCCAUCAUCCUGGUCUCCUGCCUGGAUCCCAUGCUCCACACUCCCAUGUACUACUUUCUCUCUAAUCUCUCCUUUGUUGACCUCUGCUUUACUACAAGCAUCGUUCCCCAGCUGCUGUGGAACCUCCACGGUCCAGCCAAGACUAUUACCCCUCUGGGCUGUGCCAUUCAACUCUAUGUGUCCCUCGCCCUGGGGUCCACGGAGUGUGUGCUCCUGGCCGUCAUGGCAUUCGAUCGUUACGCUGCUGUGUGCAGACCACUCCAUUACGCCACAGUUAUGCACCCACGACUUUGUCAGUCUCUCGCUGGCGCGGCAUGGUUGAGUGGAGUCGGCAACACCCUCAUACAGGGCACCAUCACCCUCUGGCUGCCCCUCUGUGGGAACCGCAGAAUUCACCACUUCAUCUGUGAAGUGCCGGCCAUGAUCAAGUUGGCCUGUGUAGACAUUCAUGCCAACAAGGUCCAGCUCUUUGUGGGGUCCUUGGUCCUGCUCCUCCUCCCCCUGGCCCUCAUCCUGGUCUCCUAUGGCUACAUCGCCCAGGCAGUGAUGAGGAUCAGGUCGGCCCAAGCCUGGCGUAAAGCCCUCGGCACGUGUGGGUCCCACCUGUUGGUGGUGACGCUCUUCUAUGGGACCAUCACAGCUGUCUAUAUCCAGCCCAACAGCUCCUAUGCCCACAGUCGGGGCAAGUUCAUAACCCUUUUUUACACGGUAGUCACUCCCACCCUCAACCCCCUCAUUUACACUCUGAGAAACAAAGAUGUAAAGGGAGCAUUGAAGAGGCUGGUGAGAACAGAUCAGCGCACAGUAGAAAAAUUCUGA